AUGCAAAAAGAGAUUAUCAUUUCUGAUGAUGAAUAUGAAACGCGAUGUGCCGUACUUGAAGAUGGCGUUCUGACCGAGAUUGAUAUUGAACGCAAAAAUGACAAGCAUACGCUUAACAACACCUAUAAGGGUCGUGUAGAGAACGUCCUUCCCGGCAUGCAAAUUGCCUUUGUCAACAUUGGGUUGGAACGACACGCUUUUCUGCAUAUUUCGGAUAUUAUUCGCGAUUUGGAAGAAGAUAGUUCCAAUGACGAUUCCGCAAAACUCGAUCUAAAUAAAAAGUCGACCAAUUCACCAAAGCCCGGAAGGGGAUAUCCCUAUUCUAUCAGCGACCUGAUUCACCCAAACCAAGAGAUCCUAGUACAGGUUGGAAAAGAACCGAUUGGCACAAAGGGACCCCGUGUAACAACCUGUGUUACGCUUCCUGGGCGUUAUGUCGUCUAUCUGCCGACUGCGACGAACAUCGGCGUUUCUCGACGGAUUGAGUCGGCAGAAGAAAGGCAGCGUCUCAGGGACAUUGCCGAAGCAAUACGUGCUGAUGUCGAGGGCGGGUUUAUUAUUCGGACCUCUGCUGAAGGAAAAAGCGAAGAGGACUUUACCGCAGAGAUUAAGUACCUUGUUGGACAGUGGAAACGGAUUGUUCAACAAUCUGAGAAGAUGGCUGCUCCUAGUCUUGUCCAUAAGGAACACAGUUUCGUUGUUCGAGUCAUUCGAGAUUCGUUCACAAGUGAAGUCUCACGGCUUGUCAUUGAUUCCAAGGAACAAUAUCAGGAUGCGAUGGACUAUCUUUCAUCUUCUGGCUCUGAACUACGUUCACAGGUCAAGUUCUAUGACAAAUCAACCCCCAUUUUUGAAGACUACGGGAUUGAUAAAGAACUCAAAAAGGCACUGAGUGAAAAAAUCUGGCUCAAAUGUGGUGGACACCUCGUUAUUCAACAGACGGAAGCGAUGGUCUCUAUUGAUGUCAAUACGGGGAAAUUCGUCGGGAAAAAAGACCCCGACAGUACCAUCUUGAGUGCAAACCUAGAAGCUGUUGACGAAGUGGUGCGGCAGGUUCGCCUGAGAGACCUUGGGGGAAUUAUCGUCAUUGAUUUUAUUGAUAUGGAUGAUCCCGAACAUCGACGAAUGGUCUAUAAGUUGCUGCAGCAGGCGUUAGACAAAGAUCGGGCUCGAACCAACCUAUUACACAUAUCCGAUCUUGGACUUGUGGAAAUGACACGGCAGCGGACCCGUCCCAGCUUGGCAACUGUUCUCACUGAAUCUUGUCCCUAUUGCGAUGGGCACGGCUCAGUCCUUUCAGCUGAUACAAUUACGAUUGAUCUGCUCCGAUCUAUCAAGAAAGCCUAUCGGAAAUCCCGGAAACGUCGGUUGAGGGUGGUUGCAAAUGAACACAUUGUAUCCCAUUUGCUUGACGAGAAAACCGGUAGAUUGGGACAACUUGAAAAGUCGAUGAAUCUACAGAUUCGGCUGCAAGGGGAUGCGGAUGUACAUCUUGAGGAUUAUCAAAUCUUUGCAGAAGGUUCUAAUCGCGAGAUUUACUUGAAUUAA